CGACAACUUACGUCCUUAUGUAAUGUGUUGUUUCGCUGCAGUUGGUUACUAGGAGCAUACAAUCAGCUCCCUAACCAUAGCAAUCGUGUGGUAACGCGGGACACUACCAAAUGCCAUUCGGCAGUGAGCAGAACGAAGGAUAUCGAUUAUUUUCACAACCACCGUCGCCAGUCCUUGCGAAACGCUGUGCCAGUGAGCAAGUAACCGGUAGUGCCUUGUGGGAGCAGCUGCACCGGCAAAAAGGAUUCGUACACGACGGUGGUGAACACCUAUCCAGGCUCAUUAAAAGGGGAUAAAGUAAGACUGUCGAACACCCUCUGACCGGGCGGAACCGGUAACAGGGGAAGUGUACGAAAAAGUAACGAGUUGACACGGUUAAGAAAUAUGCUGAAUGUUCUACACGUGUAUGAGACGUGUAUGGAAAGAAUACUUCGUUGAGCGAAGUUCUCCAGAGGAUUUACAGCUUUGGGCGCACAAAAGGGACCAGGCCCCCCGUCCCACCACCACGGCCACAUCAUGCACCAGUGUCGAAAAUUUACACGAAGAAAUCUGCUCUUUUUGCUAACGAUCGGUGUCGUGUAUCUGCUGCUCGAUCACUACUUCAAUGGGGAAGAUUAUGGAGACAACAGAGAAAAACUUGUGCUAAUCGAAGAAUCCAUUAAAUCACUCGCGAAUCAGGGUGCUUGCAAGAUGCCAAGUUUACCGGUAGAUUCGCCGGAAAUGUUGAGCUUCCUCAAGGACGAACAACCGAUCGAGUGUGGUAGCGAACUCCAAGACUGGGUAGCAUGUGAGAAAUCGGUUUGUAAUAUAAAGCCGGAAGUUAUCAAGGAAAAGGGUAAAAUUACCUGCGACUAUGCCGACAUCCUACGGCAGAGCGACUUUAAGCUGUCGUUUGGCGAGACGACACGUACAUCUGGCAGCUACACCCUGCAGGGCAGUGACUUUGUGCGGGCCAAGUGUUGGACGGACAGUCGUACCGAGCGGUGGCAGGGUUUGCUGAUAGGCAUCCGGCAGGAUGAGCAGAUACGGGCACGGUCCAGCUGGAACAAGGAAUCCGCCCUGAACGUGCUGAUGCUUGGUUUCGAUUCGCUCAGCCGCAACGCGUUUCAGCGCAAGCUACCGAAGGCUUACAAAUACCUGACCAAGUACCUCGGAGCGGACGUACUGCAGGGGUACAACAUCGUGGGCGAUGGGACACCGCAGGCGCUGAUCCCACUGCUGACCGGGUUCACCGAGCUGGAACUGCCCGACACACGGCGCCGGAUGAAGAACACCGAGUACGUGAACGUGUACCCGCUGAUCUGGCAGGAGUACGAGAAGUACGGGUACGUGACCGCAUUCAACGAAGACGUCCCGAACAUAGGCACGUUUUCCUACCGGUUGAAUGGGUUCGACGAGCAGCCGACUGAUCACUACAUGCGCACGUACUAUCUGGCGAUUGAGGCGUACCUUAGCUACUACAAGCGGCUGUGCAUUGGGGCGAAACCGCGCCAUAAGGUGAUGCUGGACUAUACGCACGACUUUAUGACGAACUAUCACCCAGGCAAACCGCGCUUCGUGUUCAGCUUUCACGGUGAACUGUCGCACGAUUCCAUCAAUUUGGUCGGUGUAGCCGACACCGACCUGACCAACUGGUUGGUGGAACUGAAGAAGUCCGGUGUGCUGAACAGCACGAUACUGGUGCUGAUGUCGGACCAUGGGAACCGUUUCGCCGAGGUGCGCAAUACGCUGCAGGGUAAGCAGGAGGAGCGAUUGCCGUUCUUCAGCUUUACCUUUCCCGACUGGUUCAAGGCGCACUACAAGGAGCAGUACGAGAAUUUCCGCCAGAAUCUCGAUCGGCUCGUCACACCGUUCGAUAUACACGAAACGCUGCAGGACAUAUUGACUCUGCAAACGCUCAAAGCCAAGCAAAAGCCGGCCGUAUCGCGCGCCAUUUCGCUGUUCGACGCCAUACCCCAGAAUCGGUCGUGUGCGGAUGCGUACAUCGAACCACACUGGUGUGCGUGCCUGAACUGGCAACCGAUCAACGAUACGACCUCCUCGGAGGAAGUGUUCCGUUCGGCGAAAACGAUCGUCGAUACGAUCAAUCACCACACGGAGCGACACCGGGGCAUCUGUGCGUUGCUCACGCUGGACGAAAUCCGGUGGGCGGCCCGGCUGCAACCGCACGAAGGAUUGGUCCGUUUCAAGCAGAACCGCGACACGGACGGCUUUCUGGGCGACUUCUCGUCCGACGCGAUACGCGUGCCGCACGAUAUGUACCAGGUGAAGCUCGUCACCAACCCCAGCAAGGCGAUCUACGAAGCGAGCGUGCUGCACGACCGGGCGAACAAUCGAUACAGGGUGAAGCUGGGUGAUAUUUCGCGCAUCAACAAGUACGGCGAGCAGGCCAACUGCAUCUACGACCGGGAUCCGGAGAUGCGCAAAUUUUGCUACUGCAAGGAUGACCAUUGAGAGAGAGUGUGAAAUGCUUGCUUGCCGCAGGUUUUCUGUUGCUCUAUCGUUGUUGCGUUGCUGUGUCCGUAUGAAUGUUGUUAUCCAGUCCUUUUACUGCAUUUUGAUCGUGUAAUAUGUGUGGGGCGGUGGUGUGGUAGACUGUAAUAAUGCCUACCUCCCUUUUCGACAGGAUAUGUGCACUUGGUACUACACCAUUGUCCUAUCUGUCUGACUGAUCCAGCAGCAGUGGUCGUCUGCUGCCGACUUUUGCUACACCAGACACUGACUCUCAUCCAUAAAAGCAGAAACAGAAAAAAAACCUCAGCCGCCUAUCACACUUGCUUCUACGCUGCAUUUCGGUACACGGCGAAGGUUUCCUUGUAAAUACAUCCUUCACUACAUGUCCACAGAAAGCAGAAACCAAGCAAAGGGUGGCAUUGCUGCGGUAUUAAUACUACUCAUAUUAGUGUUUUUUAUAUAUAUACAUAUACAUUUAAAAACGUAUUCGUGGAUCGAAUAAAUCGAAUCCCCUGCAACAACCGGCGCCGACGACCGUCGAUAUGCAGAUGAUAGGAUGUUUAAGAAACUCACCACAAACUACCGCUGUAGAUGUGUGAAAUGUUCGUGAAGCAAUCGUAGUAACCGGAGGGUGAUAGACGGGCGCGGGAUGCUCCCAACAACACCACACCCUUCACUCAUCGGUGUGUUCGUGUGAGAGCAUCCCGUGCAAAGCUUAAAGUGUGCAAGUGUAAAUCUUGUCGCGGUUAGUUAGGAUAAGUGGCACAGCGAGAACUCGAACGCCACCGUGUUUUCGUGAGGACGGCGACGUAUGCAGAGAGCGUGUCAUAAGAACGAAUCUCCUUUAUUUAAUUUAGUUAAGAUCCAAUUUGCAAACGUAUCGGACGCGCGCUAAUUUUCAGGAAAUCUCAUAAAAAGGGCGUUGAAUUUAUUUAGGCACAAAAGCCCGAAGUAAAACUCAAAUAAGUUGCGUCAAACGCGUUGGAUUUGGUGAAAAAAAAAAAAACAGUGAAAAGUUGAAUUAGGUUUGAUAAGGUGUGGUAAGGAUUUGUGUUAUAUUUUUAGGUGUACUAUUUAGGCAAUCAACAGGAAUGAUUUUAAGAAGGAAAAAAGCGACGAAUGAAUUAAAUGCAAAGCGUUCUUCUAUAAAA